AUGAAAACCAAGGCGUUUAUCUUCAUAUUCUUUCUCUGUUCACUAAUUUUUAUCUCUAUCGUAACAAUUGAGCCAUCCAAAGAUGAAAUACAACGUAAAUAUAUAAAUUAUUCAAAGCACAAUUGUUUUUCUUCUUUAAUUAUUAUGGUUGGUGCAAUAGAAGAAUUCAAAACAAAAGCUGGGAUUGAUCAUAGAUGGAGACCAUGGGGUGGAGGUUGGGUAAAACGGGGAAACGGAAAGGGUGGUGCAGGAGCAAGAAAAGGCGGACAAGGCUCGGAUAGAUCAAGCUCAGGAGGAAAUGCUGGUGAAGGAGGUGCACAAAGUGGAGUGAUGAACAAAACGAAGGCGGAGAAGAGAAAGAAACUGGAAUUGAUGGAGGAGGAAGACUAGAAAAUAAUAAAAAAGAUUUGGGGGAUUUAAGCAAAUUGGGAGACCGACAUGAAAAGUAGACGUAAGAAAGCAUGUGUUGUAUCCUAGGAUGUUUGUAAAAUAAAAUCAAUGACUCUAUCUACUCCAUGUCUAGUCUCUAUAAUAGGAUGAACAGUUUUCUGUAAAUUAAUAUGCCUUUUACUAAUAUCCUUAAAUUUGAUAGAUAAUAAAAUAUUGGACUUAUGUUAUUGGGCCCAUUAA